AUGCCGCGCCGCCUGCUCCAGGUCUCUCGGAAUCUGAGCUGCUCGUCUUCUGGCUCUCGCUACGCGUCUGUUGCUGCUCCAAGCCACGCGCUUUCUGUGUGGUCUUCUGCGAUCGUAUCUCCUCCACAUGACCAGUGCAAGUUUGGCCGUGCAGCGUCUACUUUGCGCAAACGAAACGCUGUUUCGACUCAUGGACGACGUGGAGCCCCACAGACUCAAGUACUGGACGAUCUAGGGACGUUGUUACAGGAAGCCAAGCACUAUGGGAAGAAGUUCGAGCCCAGUACGGACUACGUGCGUCGUUUGGGGGCGUUGCUGCAUGUGUGCAAGUCGAAAGAGCAGUAUGCGGCCGCUCUCCCGCUUUGUACGAUCGUCCAACGGUCUUCCUUAACUCACGGUAAAGUAGCAAUGGAGUGUAUCCGGAUCUUCCAGAAAGCAGGACGGAAUCAAGAAGCUGUGGCUCUAGCUGAGAAGCUAAUGAAGCAGGACGUCUUUCUGCUGAAUCAUGCGCUUGCGAGUGCUAUUCAGGCUUGUGCAGCUUUGAGAAGAGUGAAAACUGGCUACUGGCUGUUUAACACGGCAAAAGAGCGUGGUUCGAUCCCAAAUUUGGGUGUGUACUCGGCCUUGCUGACAGUUGCUGGCGUGGCAGGUGAUACGAAACAAGUGCAGACGGUGCUGGACCAGAUGAAAGAAGCUGGUGUUGAGAUAAACAACAUCACGUUUCACAACUUGAUGAGUGCGUAUACUCGCGGGGGAUACACGAAGGAGACCCUGGCGCUUUUUGUGAAGAUGCAGGAGGAAGGCAUUGUUGCAGAUGAUCACACGUACGCAAUCUUGAUGGAUGCGCAUGUGGAGAGUGGCGAUUUCGAGAGUGCCAAGGCAGUUAUGGACGAAUUGAAGCAAACGACGCUGCAACCGAAACUUGUGCACUACAACGUGUUGCUGAAAGGGUGUGGCAAAGUGAGCAACUUGACGUUUGCGUUCCAGCUGUACGAGGAGAUGAAGGAACGUGCAAUCCGACCGGAUCUUGUGACAUUUAUUACUAUGAUGCAUGCUGUGUAUCACGGUGAGCUGGGCACGAUUGACCAAAAGAAGGUCAAGAUGGCUCUUGCCGGUUUGGGUCUAAUGGGAGUUGCGUUCGUUCCGUUCAUCAACUACGAAGAGUACAUGCUGACCACGCUGUUCUGUGGCAGCCUCGUGGGCUCAAUGGGUUUGGCUGCGUACAUGAAUCCGGAUGGCGUUAUCCGUGCACUGUACCCAAACACGGAUGAAAUUCGAAAUGACACCGUCAUUGAAGCUUUCUUUCGACGGCUACGCGAAGAGGACCAUUGCGGUAGAUCCAUGUAUUUGUGGCGCGAAAUGUUGAAAUUCAACGUCCCUGCAGAUCGGCGCGUCUACGAUGUACUCGUGCGUACAUGUGUGCGCAAACGGUUCCCUGACUUGGCCUAUGAGGCCCUUUUUGAAGAAAAAUUGCCGCUUUUCGACAAGGAGGGUGUGUUUGUACUGUCGCUCUCCACGACAUUGAAUCUGUUGCACUCUCUUUUGUCUCAGAAGCGUACGAAUAUGGCCGACACUCUGUACGAUGCUGCUCGAAGUCACAAUGUCUUUGACAAGGUGUUCUCAGAGAAGGGCGACUCAUACGUGUACGAUAUGCGCUCGUUUUUGAACGAGCAAGUACGUUGCUAUACAAUUAUCAAGCUGAUGGAUGAGCUGCGGGCGAAAGUGGACUCAUCCAAUGGCGAUUUCGUUGCCCCGAACGUUCGGGUCUUGGUUCAACACGGAUACGAGUUACUUGAUCGUCUUGAUGCUGACAAUGCGAGUCUCCGCACGCUGUUUUCGAUGGAUGAUAUGGCACGAAUUGGCGCUUCUGCGGAUGAUACGACAACGGCACACUACUAUUUCCGGCUAACUGUUUCCUCGGAGCGUUUGCAAACAUACUUUAGAACUACGCCUGCAAAUGCAGGCAAGGAGCGGCAGCUCUAG